UUAUUUAUUCUUAUACAAAAGUUUUCGAUUAUUUUAUUUUUCUGUUUAAAAAUUAGAUAUUUUGUUUUAUCAAUGUUUAGUUUAUUUGAAUACAGCCAUUUACAGUAAAGAGCAAGAUCUAAAUUAACUUCGUCAUGCAGAGCCUGCUCAUGAUUUCUUUUAUAGAGAAGAACUGUGUCAUCAGCAAAAGUAAAAUACCUUGCAUUAAGAUUGACACUCUUUAGAUUUAGAACAUAUAGAGAAUAUAAUAGUGGACCCGAGACAGACCCCUGGGGGACACCAUAGUUACUAGUUAACCACUCACUAUUUGUUUCACCAAUUUUUACAUAUUGUUUCCUGUUAAGUAAAUAAGUUUUAAUCAAACUAUACACAGUUCUCCUAAAUCCCAUACUUUGUAACUUAUUCUAUAAUAUAUUGAUAUCUACCACAUCAAAUGCCUUUCUCAAGUCUAUAAACAAUGCUAGAACCACUAGUUUUUCAUCCAGAGCCCUUGAGAUGUAAUUUACAAAAUCAACUGCAACUGCAUGGCGCGACAUCCCAUACCGCCACUGAGUCUUUAGCAGUUAUAAACGAAAUCUUUAGUGGAACACUGAUAUCGCGACGAGGGGACAUUCCGUGGUCUCGCCGGAUUUUUUCCACGAGUGAUAUGCCAGCGAAUUUGAAGUCGAGAUUCGAGGAGUGCAUACGUCUCGAUGGCUCGUAUCUCAACGAUGCUAUUUUUAAAAAAUUAAAAAUAUAAAUUAUCUUCCCUACGCUUCUUUCUAUGAUUUUUUGAAAUCCGCUCAACUUCAUGGCCCACCUUGUAUAAUCAUCUAGGAAUAGACGUACCAUAAGUAAAACAUUAAGCAAUGUAUUUUCACCGCAUAUUCUGAUUUGACCUAAGCAUAUUUUAUAUAACCCUAAAAGUCAUACACUUUUAGACAAAGCAAAGAAAUGAAUAGUGCAGUGGAUCGUUUAGAAAAAGAUAUGACAGAGUCCCAAAUAAAUGGUCUUGUUGCCCGACACUAUGAAGACCAUGCAUUACUUCAAGGAAAAUUGAAUAGUGAAUUGGACACAAUCAAAGAAGCUCAGCGCCGAGAGUACAGGGAAUGGCUCAUGCAGAUGUUGGAGCAGAAUCAGACUACUAGCUCUCUGCCUACACCAAAUUCUCCCCUAACUCCAAUGCCAAUAGAAUCUAUAAUACCGAGUGUAAAUUUCAAUAAUGGAGUUGCAAAUGUUCCUGUUCUGGAGGAAAGUUUUACUAUUCAUCUAGGAUCUCAACUGAAGCAGAUGCAUAAUAUCAGGAUCUUGUCUGCUAAUGUUAUGGACUUGUGUAGUGUUGAUGAUAGUAGACAAUCGUCUGAACCAACACCACAAAUUCUGCAAACAGCUUUGGCACUAUAUUCCAAUGAUCUUUCUGGUUUAGUUCUUAUGGCUGAUAACAAAAUUGGAUCAAGAAUGACAAAAGAAUUUCAAGAUAUAUGUGAUAGGACAACAGAGUUCCACUUCUCACAUUUGGAAGAUCAGUUCAAUAAAAUAUCCAAUAUGUCUCUAGGAUAUCUUAAGAGAGAUAGUCAGAGUAACAAUCGCAAUUCACACAGUGAACUCUUACAGGCCGGCGAUUUUUAUGUUACCAGACAUUCCAACCUAGCACAAGUGCAUGUAAUUUUUCAUAUGGUAUCUGAUGAUAGUCUAAGAGGCACUAACAUAAACAGUCGUCAUCCUAUCAUCCUAGGUCUGAGAAAUAUAUUGAAGACAGCAUGUUCCAAUGAUAUAACAUCAUUGACUAUACCUCUUCUUUUACAAUAUGACAUGACUGAGGAAAUGACUGUUUCUUGGUGUGAGAAAAGAGCUGAACUAGUUUUCAAAUGUGUGAAAGGAUUUAUGAUCGAGAUGGCAUCAUGGGGAGGGUCUGAUUUGAAAAACUUGCAGUUCAUGUUGCCUCAGGGCAUAUCAAAUCAGGUAUUUCAGUCAUUAACUGAAAUGCUCCCAAGGAUCUUCAAGGUUUCAAAUCCUAAAAUUCUGAAGUGAUGUUGAUAUAGAAGAUUACCAUUCUCCUUGAAGAUAACAAUGUUAUAAUUUUUGAUUUCAGGAUGUAUAUAUACCCUAUUUCACGAGUAUCCAUCACGUAUUGACGUCUACUGAGGUGAACAGCUGAUCAGCAAGUGACAUUUUUGUGUUAGUCUGCAACGUUGGCAAUAAUGAGUCGGGUAUAAAUCUAGGAAAACUUGUUUGUUGCGUUUUGUUUUUUGUGUGCAAAUGAACUUUUUUAAAUAAAAGAGCUGUUAGCAAGUACAAAAUGAAUCUGUAGCGUACAAAAUUCGGCUCUGACUACCUGGCGUUGACGGAUCCGUCAGAAUUACGUGUCCUGUGCCGAUAUGGGGAAUUUUGAUAUAUUUCUAGAUAACCAGCUGUGAUUCCAUCAUGAUGGAUACUCGUGAAAUAGUCUAUACUCACAUGUUAUAACCUGUAAAAGAUCUGCGUUAUUUGUAGAGUUCUAUGGUCUUUCUCACGAGUAUCCAUCAAGAUAGAAUGACAGCUGAUUAUUAAGUGUUAUUUCAAAAUUCCCCAUAUCGCCAAAUGACAUAAUUCUGAUGGAUCCCUCAAGGCCAGGUAGACAAACCCGAAUAUUGUUUUGUUUUUUAUACGCUACAGAUUCAUUUUGUACUUGCUAACAACUCUCAUUUAGACAAAGUUCAUUUGCAUACAAAAGAAAGACGCUACAAGCAAGUUUUACUAGUUUUGCAACCGAUUCAUUAUUGCCAGUGGUCACAGAAUAAUACAAAGAUGUGACUUGUUCAUCAGCUCUUCACCUCAGUAGACGUCAAAACGUGUGAUGGAUACUCGUGAAAUAGGAUAUACUAUAGGUUCUCCUUCAAGGUUAUCGUAACCAAAAGAAAUUUGUUAUAUCUGUUUAAUAAAAAUAUGUUCAAAUAUAUUACAAGUGGUUCAUUUAA